UCCUGCCAGGCAUCUAACGGUUGGUUUGUGAACUGCAAAAUCCACAAAGAAUAGGGAAGCGUCUGCUGCGCCCCUGGGUCGUUUUAAAUUUGCCUUUAAAACAUCACCGAAACCUUAAACAACCGCUAGCUAUGGCAGAGGGAGACAACAAAAGCGCCAACGUACUCGCCCAGGAGACGGCCCAGCUGGAGGAGCAGCUGCAGGGCUGGGGAGAGGUUAUCCUGGCCGGGGACCAGGUCCUGCGCUGGAAGAAACCAUGGUUCCCUGGAGCCCUGAUGGCAGCCACCACACUGGUCUUCAUGAUGAUCUACUACCUGGACCCCUCGGUGCUGACCGGCCUGUCUUGCACUGUCAUGCUGCUGUGUCUGUUUGACUACCUGGUGCCUACCCUCGCACCCCGCAUCUUCGGAUCCACAAGUGGUGAGAGCCCUGGGGGUAUAUCUGGGGUACAGGGUGGGUCUUCAGAGCAGCAGCAGCGUUUCCAUGAGAUCUGUGGUAACCUGGUGAAGACUCAGCGUCGCAUCCUGGGCUGGUGGAAAAGACUCUUCUCGCUCAAGGAGGAGAAACCCAAGAUGUACUUUGCGUCGGUGAUCAGCAGUCUGGUGGCGGUGGCCUGGAUGGGACAGCAAGUCCACAACCUUUUCCUCACCUACCUGAUCGUGAGUUUCCUGCUCCUGCUUCCUGGUCUGAACCAGCAUGGCGUCAUAAGCAAGUACGCUGGCAUGGCUAAGAGAGAGAUCAACAAACUGCUGAAACAGAAGGAAAAGAGAAACGAGUAGGAAGAACGAGGAGGAGGAGAAGAAGGGAUCUGUGAGAUGAGACGAACGAGAGAGAAGAAGAAAAUGAGAGGAAGGAGAAACCCGUAGAUCAAACAGAAAAAGAAGCUUCAACUAAGUACUUCCUCAGUCUGCUCAGACCAACUCUACACACGCCCUCUCCCCCCUUGACCUGUCACCUAACCAAACCAAUCACCUGGCGGGAUUUGUUUUUCAACAGGAAGUGUCUUUCCACCUAUCCUCCCACGCAUGCAGUCAGUCGCCACGUCGCUCUAGAUCCUAUAUGAACCCCCCCCCCCACACAUGGAGGUGGCACCCUGCUGUGUCUGUCUCUAGAUCCUAUAUGACCCCCCCCCCCCACAUGGAGGUGGCCCCCGCUGUGUCUGUCUCUAGAUCCUAUAUGAAGGUUUUAAGAUGCCAGUCACUUAUUAUUGCUUUUGAAGUCCGAGGAAAGACUACUGAACAGAAACCUCUAGCAUUAUUAUUAUUAUUAUCCAACACCCCACACAUAUUAUAUAUUGUAUUGUGAUGGUAUUAUGAGGUGAGGCUGGUUAGUGUAAUGGACAUACUGAUGGUAGGUCGUGUCAGUAUUGUUUCAGGAGGCUGGGACACCGCUGUUUGUUGUUGCUGCCACGUUCCUUUACCUUUCAGAUUCCUGCUUCUGUCUUUUAAGAUUGCACUGAAACCGUAGCAGAAACUGGAGUUUAGAGUAGAGAAGCAGACCUAGGUGACGUCCCACAUGGCACCCUAUUCCCUAUGUAGUGCAAUACACCUAUAGGCCCUGGUCAAGAGUCGUGCACUAUCUAGGG